AUGGCAGAAUACAGUCCUGACGACAUAUUGGCCUUGAUUUUUAGUUUCAUAUUUCCUCCAAUUGGAGUGGCUAUUAAACGGGGAUGGUAUUUUCCAGGAAUAAUCCACGCGAUUUACAUAAUUUACAAAUAUCGUAACGAACCAACUAGCUCUGAAAAUCCGGCACGUACGUAUCCACCUCCACCUUCGGUCGCCAUUCCAAUUAAUGAUGAUCAUACGACAACCACUACAACUACACGACAAAUUGAUAAAUCUUCGUACAAAACUCCGGAAAACACUCAAAACUCAUUAACGGAAUUUCCACCAUCGUCGACAUCUCCUGAACCUUCACCCGAAAAAAUACAAGAAAAUAUACCAAAAUCUGAGUUACCAUCACCACAUUAUGGAACUCAUACUCUGGAAGAUACGGAUCCAAACCGAUAUAAGAAAAACAGUCAAAAUGAAUCAGGUGGAAUGGCGGAAAUGGUUGGUAAUGAUAAUGUUUUGGGCAGGAAAAAAGAAUAG